UAGGUAUUUCUCAGUUCGCCAGCCAGUCUAUUACUGUCAUCGGCGGACGAAACACGCGCGCUUCAGUUCCCAACUCGCGUGUCGCGUGUAAACUUUGUUAUGGCGCGAAAAUUUUUAAACAUCGAACAAAAUUCAAAAAUAUGAUUUCAUAAGACAGUUUACGUUAUGUUUAGCAAAAUUUAGAAAAGUAUUUCGUGAUUAAGUGGUGAAUUUGGACAUUAUGAAGUUUCUAACUUGGAUUUUGUGGCAUUGGUGCUGGGGAUUACUGGUUCUUACAGUUAAAUAUUCAUAUGGAGAAAAGUUCACACUUGGCUAUUUGACGGGAUCAGAACGAAGACCAGGAGACUACAGUUAUCAGCGGCCCGGGAGAGUCAUAUCAGGUGCAAUAUCGAUGGCGAUUGACGAGGUCAACGAGAAACUCCUCGGGCCAAUGGGUCACUCCUUGGACUUCGUCGUCGCAGAGACAUACGGACAAGAAGAGGUCUCCAUUCGGCAGGUGGCGGCUUUGUGGGCAGCCAAUGUAUCGGCGUUCAUUGGACCGCAAGAGACGUGUGUGCAUGAAGGGCGCAUGGCCGCAGCUUUUAAUCUCCCCAUGGUUAGCUAUUACUGCCGCGAUGUUGCCAGCUCAAACAAACGCGUAUACUCGACGUUCGCGCGAACCAGGCCGUCGGACAUCGACAUCUCCCGCUCUGUGGUCGCCGUGCUCACGCAUUUCAAUUUCAUGCAUGUGGCUUUUCUGUAUCUGAAAGCUCCAAAUCAUGACUUUUCGCGACUAGCGAAUGCAAUAAUAGCGGCGCUCAGGGAGAAACAAAUAACAGUCCGACCGGUGCAAGUGUACCGACAGCCUUACUACUACGAGAACAGACGGGAGAACUUCAGCCGAAAUCCUUUCCUGGACAUCGUUCGGGAAACUUAUAAGGAAACCAGAAUUUACGUGUCUGUUGGAUAUUAUCACGACCACAUCGGAUUAAUGUUGGCACUGGACGCUAUGCAGCUUCUAGAUUCAGGUGAAUACGCGGCUAUCGGUGUUGACGUGGAGAAGUAUGAAGCUGAAGAAGCGAUCCAGUAUUUGUCUGGUCCCUUGCAAAAGGAACCAGGACCUCGAACUCUACAUGCGUUUCGUUCAUACAUGGCAGUCGCCCCCUCGCCCUCUCCAUCCUACCUAGCCUUCGCGAGGGAAGUGAACAGAAGGCUACAGAUGCCACCAUUUAAUUUCACUAAUCCCUUACUCGCAUUGGGCGGAGGAAAAGUGAUCCCUGUAGAAGCUGCAUGGCUCCACGACGCUGUGUGGGUAUAUGCGCGUGCGCUGGCCGAAUCUCUCGCCAGCGGUGAAGGGCCUCGUGAUGGAAGGGCUAUUGCUGCUAGAAUGAGGAACACCACGUAUCACAGUGUUAUGGGGUACUGGGUGCACAUGGAUGAGCAGGGUGACGCUGAGGGUAACUACACACUGCUGUCCAUCGACCCUUCGCGACCGCCAGGCCUCUACCCGCUGGCAGUGCUACACAAAUCCGCACCGGAAGUGCGAUUUCUACGCGAAAUGGAGUGGCCAGGGGGCCAGGUGCCUCUCUCAGAGCCGCCUUGUGGAUUCAGAGGAGAAAAGUGCGUCAGUCAUAUUGGAGCUUGGGCAUUGGGCGCCUCGGGAGGUACCCUAGCACUCCUUGUCCUUGCAGCUCUAGCCCUCUACCGCGGUUGGCGCUACGAACAAGAACUGGACUCACUGCUCUGGAAAAUUGACUUCCGCGAGUUACACUUGCCAGACGAAGAACAACGAGCGAACAAAAUGAAUAGCAAUGCGGGCGGGAACGUAUCCUCGUCAACCAAUGCCGUGGGUGGAGAGAAGAAUGGAGGCAGUACGGGUGGGGUUCGGUCCAGUCAAGUGUCCCUGAGCUCCAACCCAGAUCUAGACUUUCGUUACUCCGCCAUUUUCACCGAAGUGGCACUCUACCGGGGUCGACUCCUCGCUGUGAAACGAGUCCGGAGACAUCACAUCGAUAUCAACAGGGAAAUCAAGAAGGAGCUCAAAAUUAUGCGGGAUUUACAGCACGAUAACGUGAACGGGUUCGUCGGCGCGUGCAUUGAGCCACCCAACGUUUGCGCCUUAUCCGAAUACUGCACUAGAGGCAGUCUCAAGGAUAUUCUGGAAAACGAAGAUAUUAAACUGGACAACAUGUUCAUCGCAUCUCUAGUUGGAGAUAUUAUAAGAGGAAUGAUAUUCAUCCACGAGUCCCCACUGCAGUACCACGGUGCGCUACGACCGUCAAACUGCCUAGUGGACGCCCGCUGGGUAGUCAAGUUGGCUGAUUUCGGGUUAAAGGAAUUCCGAAAAGGUGAACUGCCUCCGUCAGAAUCCAAUGCUUUGCGGUCUCACGUUGAAGGUUUAGCUUAUUUAUCACCGGAGUUACUUCGCUCAGUGGGAUGGGGCAAGGAAACCACUAACAUGACAGUAGAGCUACACGAUGGCUCGCCGCAAUCGGACGUUUACGCGUUUGCUUUGGUUCUGUAUGAGCUGCAUACUAGGCGAGGGCCGUUUGGAGGAGAUGCCUUACCAGUGCCCUCUCUAUUGCACAGGGUUGCGUCGCCAGAUCCCGUGCCAUACAGGCCUCCACUAGACGCUCUCACCGGUAGCUUUGACUGUGUGCGAGAAUGUUGCUCCGAAUGUUGGGCAGAGGAACCUACGGCUAGACCCGACUUCAAAGCUAUACGCACUCGGCUCAGACCUUUACGGAAGGGCAUGAAACCAAAUAUAUUCGACAACAUGAUAGCAAUGAUGGAAAAAUAUGCAAAUAAUCUCGAGGCUUUAGUGGACGAGAGGACAGAUCAAUUGCAGGAGGAGAAAAAAAAGACUGAGGCUUUAUUAGAAGAAAUGUUGCCAGCACCUGUCGCUGAGCAGUUAAAGCGUGGUCGGCGAGUGAUGCCGGAGAGCUAUGAUUCCGUUACUAUUUAUUUUAGCGACAUCGUCGGCUUCACGGCCAUGUCGGCCGAAAGCACACCCCUACAGGUGGUAGAUUUUUUGAACGAUUUGUACACGUGUUUCGAUUCAAUAUUAGAAAAUUUUGACGUCUACAAAGUGGAAACUAUUGGCGACGCAUACAUGGUGGUAUCCGGUUUACCAAUUCGCAAUGGCAUACUCCACGCAGGCGAAAUAGCCUCGAUGGCACUAGCGCUACUGUCUGCGACGAGAGCAUUCCGCUUGCGACAUCGACCUGACCAUCGACUGAUGCUGCGGGUCGGCAUACAUUCAGGUCCAGUUUGCGCAGGUGUAGUAGGUCUAAAAAUGCCCAGGUAUUGUCUAUUCGGAGAUACAGUCAACACGGCAAGCCGGUUUGAGUCGACAGGGGCACCUCUAAAAAUCCAUUGUAGUCAAGCUUGUAAGACAUUAUUGGAUCAACUCGGAGGAUAUGUACUUGAGGAGCGAGGUAUAGUCUCAAUGAAAGGCAAGCGGGACCAGGUGACGUACUGGCUGCGAGGGGAAGAGCCCACUGCAGCCGCGGCCAGGGCGCGCCGGCGACUAGCUGCCAGGGACAACGUCCAGCCACCCGGCAGUACUGACAAACGAGGACAACGCAGCUCACUUAAAACUAAAAACUGGAAGAAUCAAGUUGGCGGACUUCAUAGAUGUUGCAGUUUAGAAUCUCCUAAAAAAUUACGUUUUGCCUCUGGCAAUCAUUUAGAAUCGCACACAGAUGGCGUUUUACAUCAUCGCAGCGAUGAAUACCUUAUGGAAGUGGUCGGAGAAGGAAGGCUAGUACCAGCGCAACGAUGUGAUUUAUUAGAAGCUCCAAGUCUUCGUCAAGAAUAUACAAGUAUAUCUUGUCCUAUCAUCGAGCACACGGAGUGUAUCCCGGCAGCCCCUGCGGCCGCAGCGGACUCGCCGCUCCUGACGAAGGAAGCGCCUCCGCCGGCGUGCGACGCCAAGCAGUGUGACAUGAAGCAGUGCGACAUCAAGCUGGUCAUCAACGGUUGCUCUUACAACGAGCGGGACGGAGCCGGUAUCCCACUGCUUGCGGACGCGUAAUGUGUGCAUUUGUACUUACCAUGUAAUCCUAGUCAAUGGCAGCGACACGUAUCUCUAGCUACUGUGACAUGUCAAGCAUAGCUAGUUCUGCGUCGCAGUAGUUAAUAAUUGUACGAGGUAGGUCGUCUCGUUAGCCACGGCGGUGUUCCACCUUAAGGUUGGAGGUGAACACUCGCUCUGUGUACACGAGUUUACCAACGAUCUUCUCGUUUCUCGAAUGACACUUAAUGUAAUUGUGAUCUACGUCAGUAUUAUUAAGAGACCUUGUUCAAUAGAAAUUAUUUAAUAACAUUAAACUUAUUUCACAAUUGACGGUAACAUCGUUUUACUUACACAUAUUAUUUACAACAUCUCGAUAUACAUACACGGCGCCGGCGUCGAUCCAGUCCGCUCAGACGGCGGAUUCUGUAUCUAGCAGUGGCUUGGCGCGGCGCAGGUCGGCGCUGGGAGUGCGCGCGGUACUGAAGAAGCCCAGCAGCCAGGACGGGAUGGCGAACCGCGGCGCCUUGCGCUCUGCCGCCUUGGUGGGCUCCACGUUCUCCAGGGAGCGCCAGCGCUUGUAGAACUCGAUGUAGCUGGCCUCGUUAGACGUGGCCUUCCUACGCGGUCGCUCCAGCUUAGUGGACAGACUGGUCUUGCGGAGGAGGGGACUGUCCUCGUCGCGCGGCGCCUCGUCCGUGACGAUGCCGAUGAUGGUGCCGUUGAAGACGGGGUCCCCGCAGACGGUGGCCACGCCCACCUCGUGGUCCAGCGAGCGCGCCGUGUGCUGGCGGCGCAGGCGCGCGUCGCGGCGCGGCAGCACGUCCAGCGAGUGCCAGCGCGACGCUUCCGCCUCGUCCGCCGCGCCCAGGCACGCCGUGGACGACGCGAUCGAGCUCAGCGCGUGCCUGCAAGCACAGCGCGGUGAGCGAGGCUCGCCCCUGCUGAAGCAGAGCGAGCAGUACGAGCAGUACCCGCAGUAGCGCAGUACGUACCUGGGCCGCGGCGCGUUGUUGUCGGGGCGCUCGGGGCGCGCGCGGCGCUGGCUGCUGGGCGACGAGCACAGCGGCGCGGGCAGGGAGCAGCGCGACCCGCGGAUCACGUCACCCUCCUUCGGCCCGCUCGACAUGCGCUGUCGUAUAGUACUGCCCCCGCCUCCCCCUGUACAUUCCCACCCAGUUAGUUAUAUUUUACUCGCUUACAAAAUGGAACAUUAGAACACAAAAAUAAGGCAAAAACUCUACCUGAAAGUGAAGGAUGUCUGGAAUCCGCCAGUCUAGGACUUCGUCUAGGUCGACGGAAUAGUGGCCGCUCCUCGCCCUCGACAGGUCUCUUUUGUACGGCUUUUUCUGUGGCACUGACCAACCAAUAUGUCUGAAGCUGUAAUACAAAAUAAUUAUUUUCAAUAAUUUUCGAAACCAUAUCAAUAACUUGUUGUGAAAAUGUAAAAUAUGCGGCGCACCUGCCCUUUGCCCUUGAUUGGUAUAGUGCCCCUAGGCUCGACGAUGUAGCCGCCGAUCUUGUCGAGUGCUUGCUUGCAGCUCGGGGAUAUGUGUAUCUUGAGCGGCUCGCCGUUGGACUCCAUGCGCGACGCAGUGUUCACGGUGUCUCCGAACAGACAGUAGCGGGGCAUCGUCAGGCCCACCACACCCGCUACUACGGCGCCUGGUUAUAUACAUAAACAGCGUACAGAUAUAGGUAUACACAUAUUAUUAAGGGUAUAUAUAGGUCGAUCUAGAAUUCCGUAGCAAGUUAAGUAUGCGUGAGCCGAUAUAAUUACUUAUAAUUAUAUUGGCGAUAUUAUUGAUGGAGUGCUGACUUG